AUGCAGAAGACGAUUCUCCAGAUCCUUCGCGAGCAGGAUGACGCCAGCAGCUCCUGCGUGCUUGCACUCCUGAAGGGAAACGCUAGCUUUCAGUGCCUCUCCAAGAGCGAGGGUGAGGACAUCCUCAAGCGCGACAACGAGGAUGCCGAGAAGCUGAGCGACGGCAUCCGCAUCGCCAUUCGCAAGGGCAUCGUGAGCGGAAAGCCGGAUGUGUCGCCAGUGAACAAGCUGAACGUGGUCGGCCUCAGUGCGCAGGAGGUGACGGACAAGAUUGUGGCAGCGCUCCCGUCCAAGAACGGCAAUGUCAUCAUUCUGCAGGGACUCAGCGGCACCGGCAAGGGCACCACCGUGAGCAAGCUCAAGGAUGCGCUGCCGAAGUGCGUCACGUGGAGCAACGGCAACAUUUUCCGCAGCUACACGUAUCUGUGCAACGAGGUUCUCGCUGCUCAGGGGAAGGAGAUCACGGAAGAGAGCUUGACUGACGAGCUGCUCUCCUCCGUCGAAAAGCGCGUCACGUUUGUGAAGUGCGAGGACGGGAUGUUCCAUACGAUGCUCGACGGCACAAGGCGCGUGGCGGAUGUGCAGAACACGUUGCUCAAGACCCCACUUAUCAGCUCCAAGGUACCGACGGUGGCCCAGCAGACCCAGGGCGAGGUCAUCCGCUUCGGUGCUGGUGCCGUCAAGCAGCUCAGCGCCGACGGCUACAACGUCAUUCUCGAGGGCCGUUCGCAGACGCUGGACUACAUUUCGAGCCCCCUCCGCUUCGAGCUCAUCAUCCCAGAUGUGGAGGUGCUCGGCCAGCGCCGUGCAGCGCAGCGCGUCAUGGCCAAGGCGCUGGAGAUGCUGGACGACAGCGCCUCAGACGAGGAGGUCAGCAAGGUGCUGGUGAAGGCAGUCGAGACCCUGCAGUAG